GUUACUUUUUUACAUAGAAAUUAAUAUCACCUGUCCACCUUUACUGGAGCAAAUAGAGAAUGGUAAUUCUACAGUUGAAGAUAGACCUUAUUUACAUAAUGAGAUCAUACGAUACAGUUGUAAUCAAGGAUAUAGAAUAAGGGGACCAAAAUGGAGAGUUUGUGAUACGUACACAAGUGAUGUCGCAAUGUGGACUGAUGAAACUGAAACAGUUCAUUGUGAAGAAAUCAGGUGUCCGAACCCUUUAAGUCCAGAAGGUGGUAGAAAAGUUGGUAGCUCUUAUGAACUUGGUGAUACUGUAACAUUCCGUUGUGGAAGUGGAUAUACUCUCUAUGGAUCAGAGAGUAGAACAUGCAUGGAAAAUGGUAAAUGGAAUGGAACAUUAACCAUAUGUGACAAUGGAGCUUCAGACUGUCCAAAUCCUGGCAUUCCCAUCAAUGGACGUAAAAGCGGUUACCGCUACAAUGUGCGUAACACAGUACGCUUUUACUGUAAACGGGGGUAUGAUAUGAUUGGUUCCCCAGUAAGAGAAUGUCUACCAACUGGUAGAUGGUCUGGAGAAGAUGUCACCUGUGAAGAUCCCGAUGACUUUGACGAUAUUAACGAGGUUGCACCUAAACUUGCCAAACAUUUUGACACUCUACAACUGUUAUCCACUUCAACUUUUAAUAUAAGUAACACAAUCAGCGCAAAUUCUUCAGAAGGCCCUGAGGGACGUACAAUAGAUCUUAACCAUGCCGGAGGUCUGGAUUUGUACUUUAUGCUAGAUGCAUCUGCUAGCGUUGGGGAAGAAAACUUCAAAAUAGGUUUGAACUUCGUCAAGAGGCUUGUUGAGAAGGUGGGAGUAUCCGCUGACAAGGGUGGUACACGUGUUGGGGUGCUGACAUAUGGUUCAGAUGUAAUUAUCAAUUUUCAUUUAUCAGAUGAUUUAACAUCAACUGAAUUAGUUGUCCAGGCACUGGAUAAUAUUGACUAUGCAACUCAUCAAGGCAGACGAGGUACAGCUACUAAAGAUGCUUUGAAAACUGUACGAGAAAUAAUGAUUCCACAAGCUGCAGCAUCACUAGUAGACAGGUCAUUUGCCAAGAAGGCACUCUUCCUCAUUACUGAUGGAAAGUCCAACAUAGGAGGAGAUCCAGCAAAUGAAGCUGAUAAACUGAAGACGGAAUUCCAUGUUGAUGUACAUUGUGUUGGGAUUAGUCAAGCCAGCAAAAAACAACUGGUAGAUAUUGCAUCAAAACCAUCAAGACAACAUCUCUUUUUUAUUGAAGAUUAUGAGAGAUUAGAAUGGUUGAUUAGUGCAAUUACAGAUGUUGAAGUCGAUUAUUCUCCAUGUGGUCAUGCUGGUGAUACUAAAUUAGAUUCUCGUGCUCGGAUUGUUGGUGGUAAUAAUGCUGCAGAGGGUGCCUGGCCAUGGCAAGCUGCUAUAUUUGAAAAGAGAGGAGAACAUAGAGAAAUCUUCUGUGGCGGUUCACUGAUUAGUCCAAACUGGGUUCUUUCUGCUGCCCAUUGUUUUAGGAAUUAUAUUAGAAACAUAGAUGCCUCGGAUAUUGAAAUUAGACUUGGUGUAACCAACAGAAGACAAGAUGUUAAUAUCAAUCCAAAGGUUCAAGUGUUUGAUGUUGAUCACCUAAUUGUACAUAGAGACUUUGAUUAUGAUACUCGUGAUGAUGAUCUUGAUUAUGACAUUGCAUUAUUACAUCUAGAUCAUCCUGCUGCACUUGGACCAUUUGUGAGGACAGUGUGUUUACCAGAUACAGAUGAGUUUCAACUUCCAGAUGAAUUAUUAACCCCCCAAAAAUAUAUGGUUGUUACUGGUUAUGGUCAUGAAAUAGCUAGAGAUCCACGUGAUCCAAGACGUCAAUUUGCUGAGAGCCUUAAACAAAUAGCCAUUGCAAACGAAGUCUUAGACCUGUCAAUCUUGAACCUCGAUUUCACUACUAGAAUGUUUUGUGCAGGAUUUGGUGGACUUACACCAGAAGACAGACGAGGUGAAGGUGAAGGCGGAAUUAGAGAUUCUUGCCAGGGUGAUUCUGGAGGUCCGGCUGUGCGGGAAAUGGUAGACAGACGUGAUAACUCUUAUCGGUUUGUCCAGAUAGGAAUUGUCAGCUGGGGUCAUGGUUGUGCUCAAGAAGGUCAAUAUGGUUAUUAUACAAACAUACCAUUGUUAAUAAGAUGGUUACGUCAAAAUAUUAACAACUUUGAACUAAAUCAACCAGAGGAAGCAGUUUUUGAUUUAGCUGGUGCAGUGGAUGAAAUUCCAAUUGAAGCUGAAGAUGUUAUUGAAGCUGCUGUGGAUGAUGGACUUGAAGUGGUUGAAGCAGCUGUAGUUGAUGGGCAAUAGUAUAUCAGUAAUGCUAUACUACCGUAUACCAAUGAUUAACCUUAUGAAAACGUGGCCAAUGUUACAGAUAUUCUUGGCUUAUGCACUUCAAUUUAGAUGUUUGAUAAUGAUGAGUAAUUUAUUUUGGAAUAAUCAACAUAGUAUAAUCAAGUAUAUUUCUACCUUUUUACAAAAAUGUAGUACAUUU